GAAGUGAUAAGAACAGUACGCAGUAGUGUAACACUGAAACGGCACAAUAUUGUUUCUUGUUAGAGCCAUGUAUUCCAUCACUGUUUGCAGUUUAUUGUUGGUGCUAUCACAACACAGCCGAGGCCAGGAAUGCUUGAAACCUGCAACAACAGACAUCACUGUUCAAGAUUUUCUGUGCAGUCAACCGUACUUCUUCAGUUUUCUGCCGAAGGACGAAAACAACAUUUUAUUGGACAAUGUUUGUUUAACUUUUAUUCCUCUGCCUGAAGAUCCUAAUACAGUUGUGGAGUAUUCCUCUUUUGUCUACUGUGAUGGAUCAAACUACGUGGAGUCUUUCAUAACAACUGCUGGUGCUAAAGGAACCUUCGUAGCGGGUAACCCCCGGGCGACUUAUCGGGACUACAUUGUGGGAUAUGCAGGGUGUGACAUCCAGGUUGUCUACAGAUGUCCUCUGUUUGGAGAUUCAACACCCCCGUAUACAUUUGGACUUACCACCAGUUGUACUUCCAUGGGACUAUCGUGCAUGCGGAAAGUUGAGGAGGUACACUUGAAAAUUGUACUCUCUUCACAUAAGAGUUAA